UAGCUGAAAUCAUCACUAUCUGCUAUUACGAACCAUUAAAGUUAAAGUAUAUAUGAAAUAUAAUGACACGAUCUAUUUAAUUAGAAUAGAUAAUUAGACUAUGUAGAACCAAAAUCUGCAGAUUUAGUCAUUCGUUAUAAAUAGAGCUGUAUUUAGUGGAAUGUUCAACAUAUCUGUAUAAGGCCGAAGCUUAAAACGUUUUAUUACCUCUAAGCUGUGUUUCUCAACAAACGGUGAAAGCGUAUCUCUUAACUCUCCUAACCGACGAUACCAACGUUGAUUCCACUAGAAUGGGGUUAAAUAAUUACGGAGAAAAAGAGUUAAUGUAACUGGAGGAACAGUUGAUGGAAUAGAUAAAAACGUUUCGGCUGGUAGAAAUGGAGACAACUGCUAUUUGUUUCAGUAAACAGUUAUCCACCUUUAGAUAAAUUUCUCAAUUUGUAGUUAGAAAUGUAUCUUCAUCCUAGACAACCUUUACUGGCUAGUUUCUGCGUUUUGAUUGCGACUGUUAUUGAUUCCUGGUCUUCAAUUUUACCCACAAUGCCAUCAACAUGGGCCAAUUCAAAUGCGUAGCUUUAGUAAACUAUGACAUCUCAAGACGUCUUGCGUGACAGCACAAGUACGUGUAGAUAGUCCAAAAUGUCAAAUGUCAGCUUUAAUGUGCCGUCUAAUGACACAAUAGACUGCGACGAUUCGGAGACACUCUCAGUUCUAAAGGCCCAGAGUCUUCUUUUGGCCACCAUUUCAUCAAUGUUUCUUGUUAUUGGAGUACCAGGUAACCUGCUGACCAUCGUUGUACUAAACGGACGUGCCUUGAAGGACAAUGCCUUCUCCAUCUACCUCAGCAGCAACAGCUUGUUCAACAUCAUCAACUUACUGACCAACUGCCCACGCUUCUUUGUCCAGGCGGCAAUCAACCGCGACCUGUAUUUCACGAACGACGCAUUCUGUAUUUUGUUCCGGUUGUUUGCUUUGACUGUGAGUACCAUAUCUAGCUGGCAUUUGAUUGUUAUUACUGCCGCGAGAUUGAUGUAUGUCCUUGAAAGGACUAAACGUUUUAUUCAGGUACAUUGCUACCCGAUUCAUGUCAUUCUGGCCAUGUGUGUAAUCGUAACGGUAAUACAAGUUCCGAUCGCCUACAAUUGGCUCAGGUUCGAAGAUGAAAAAGGGGAAGCUGUCUUAUGCUACCAGACGAGCCAGUCCAGUAUGGUAUAUAUCCAAAUUCUUUUCCAAACUGUGAUUCCGGCGGUCGGUAUUGUUUCCUUGAAUUUUUGGCUUCUUGCUAUUCACCAGUCAAGUGCCUUUGGAUUGGUGAAGAGUGCCAGUUCUUCUCGUGUUAGACAAAACUUGGUCAACUUACUAGCAAUGUCCAGUAUACAGUAUCUGGUCAGUAUGUUACCAAUGUGCAUCUAUUUCCCGAAUGAAAGGCAUUUUUUUAACUUGUCAGAGAAAUUGGGCAAAGCCAAAGCAUAAUUGACCUACUCUCUGACUCUAUUGAUGAUCUACUCCAAUAACGCCACGAACUUUGUCACGUACUGUUUCUUCGGUCGGAGGUUCCGAAUAGAGUUUCUCAGAAUCAUCCGAGCGCUGACCUGUACAGGGCUUCAAUCAUUCAACCUCGACACCCCACAAACUAUAAGCCCAUCUAUCACAAGACCUACGAUAGAUUAUUCUAGUGCAGAGACAAUGACGGAAUCGAAAGUGGAUGAAACCAAACCAAAAGUCCAUGAAACUAGGUCAUCCAAAGUACUUCACUCGUUGAUUCGAAAUGUCCACACAAACAUCAAACGGAUGCAAACCAAAUCACGAACUGGUAACUCCCCAGCCCCCCUCCCCUCCCGAGUUGUAUCUAACAUGUUAACUUCUGUCUUACAGUGACUAAAAAGGUUUAUAAAUAUCUUACAGACCAAUUACA